AUGACAGCAGCUAAGAGAUCUGUUGACUUGGACGAAAAUGUCAAUGGCGGCGAUAGUGUUAAGAGAUUUAAUUCGUCAUCCACCAAGGGUAUAGCUCAGCUGAAGCCUGAGUUUAUUGUUUUGAACAAUACGGACUCUUUGGUCCAUGCAUAUGAGGAGGAUGAACCUUCAUCGGAACGCAUUGUAGAUGACAAGAAGCCUCAGGGCAAAAAGGGCAAGAAGAACAAGGGACAGAACAAGAAUCGUGAUCUAAGACAGGCCAAAGAAGCCAAUGCUUUGUGUCCCAAGUAUAUUCAAGGUGGAGGUGCGGACAAAGUGUGCAGUUUUGGGGAUAGCUGCCGUUUUGUGCAUGAUAUCUCUUUGUAUCUGUCAACAAAGAAGCCUGAGAUCCAGUCAGAGUUUUUCAAAAGCUGCCCCGUUUACUCGAGAUUAGGAAGUUGCCCAAUGGGAUUCAAGUGCAGAUUUUUAUCAUCACAUUUGAACAGAGGCGACAAUGGGGAACUGUCACUGUUUCAGAUGGACCCAGAGGAGAAGACAAAGCUUUGGGAGGCGAAUCAUGAAGUAAAUCACAUCACCGGGAGACAAAAAGUGGAUUUGAUAAAGAAAAGAUUCCCUUUCAGUGACAGUAACUUUGUACUGGAGAUUAUUGAUGCAAUUCAGCAGGAAUUCAGAGAUGAUAUGCCCAAAGAUGCAAAAGAGGAGAGUGCUGAAAAGCAAAAAGGUGAGGAUGAGAAACAAGAUCCGAAGAGAAAAGCCCCACAAGUGAUUCAAAGGGAGAAAGAAUUAGAAGAUCGCAGAAUUCGCCAAAAAGAGGUUUAUUUGAAGUAUAAGGACACCCGUUACUUUAGCCAGGAAAAGAAAAAAUUAGAUUAUCGCAGGAAGAAAAUACUCUCACCUCUCACCACUGUAGGCAACUUGCCAUAUCGUAGAUUGAUGAAAAAACUUGGCGCCGAUAUAACUUACUCAGAAAUGGCAUUGUCAGUACCGUUGAUCAGUGGAACAAAUUCUGAAUGGGCCUUACCAAAAGCUCAUUGUAGUGAAUAUCCUGGGUUCGGUGUUCAGAUUGCAUGUUCCAAACCUUGGCAAGCUGCAAAAGCUGCCGAAGCAUUAGCCGGUAACACGGAUGGUCAUAUAAGCGAGAUAAAUUUGAAUUCGGGAUGCCCAAUUGAUCUCCUCUAUAGACAAGGUUCGGGAAGCGCACUCUUAGAUAAUCCAGCAAGGAUGAUACGCUGUCUCAAUGCGAUGAGUUAUGUCUCGGGAGAUAUACCGGUAACAGUGAAGAUACGUACGGGCACUAGAAUUGACCAUCCGGUCGCCGAAACUCUGAUCAAAAGAUUGGUCAAUGAAACCGACGUCGCAGCGAUAACUUUACAUGGAAGAUCAAGACAACAAAGAUACACUAAACAAGCAGAUUGGGAUUAUGUUUCAAAAAUGGCUGAUCACUUGAGGAGUGUCGAACAGGAACUGGAUUUCGACAGACCAAAAAUUCAGUUUGUUGGGAAUGGUGAUGUCAACAACUAUGAAGAUUGGCACAGAUAUUUGGAUGCAAAUGAAAACAUCGACAGCAUCAUGGUUGCUCGCGGAGCGCUAAUCAAACCCUGGAUAUUUGAAGAGAUUGACGCAAUGCAACAUAUAGACAAGACAAGUCAAGAAAGAUUAGAAAUUUUGAAAGAUUAUUCGCAGUUUGCCAUGGAACACUGGGGCACGGACGAAUAUGGUAUAUCGCAGUGUCGUAGAUUUUUCUGCGAGUUUAUGUCUUUUUUCCAUCGUUACUUACCAGUUGGCAUUCUCGAAAGGGUUCCCGUGCAGAUAAACGAGAGAGCACCGAAUUGGAGGGGCAGAAACGAACUCGAGUCCUUGUUGGGAAGCUCCCAAGUUGAUGACUGGAUCAAGUUGAGUGAAAUGUUUUUCGGCAAGACGGACGAGAACUUCGUAUUCACGCCCAAACACAAGAGCAACUCGUUUGUACACUAA